AUGCACAAUAGAUUUUUAUAUUCAUUACAUGAUUUUUCAGAACAUUUAUAUAUAGCUAUAUUUUUUGUGGAUAAAAUUGAUGCAAUUUUGAUUGAAAUUAGAAUAAAAACUGAAAGAAUAGAUAAGACAAUUUGGAUUGAUGAGUUAUGUGGACCUUCUUUUGGGUGCAUAAAAGAUUCAAAUUGUUGGUUUGGUUACCUAGGAGCUUAUAAAUGUAGAUUAUCCAAUUCAAACGAAUUAACUGCUGAAGAAUUUGUGCCUUCUUUUGGAGUAUCAGAUUUGUGCAUGAAAGACUCAAAUUAUUGGAUUAGUUACCGGGGAGCUUAUGAAUGUAGAAUAUCAAAUUCAAGCGAAUUAAUUGCUGAAGAAUAUGAAGUAUUAGCAUUCGAUAAUUAUAAUCCAAUGAUUAAUAUAUUCCUAAAAAUUUUGGAAAUAAUUUGGGGUAUAUAUAAUAGCCUAUAUUUAUAUUAUAACCAUUUACCUAUUAAUAUUUGA